UCUGUAUCACAUAGCGCCAAACUGUUAGUGUGACGAUUAAGAUUCUGUUAAUUGGGAGUAAUAAAGUAAAAAUAAUGAUAUCGUGAAAUCGCGCUCAUAUUUUGUUCCACACGGCAUUCAGUCACGAACGUGCCUUCGCGAUUCGGGAACGCAUCGCGACCGUGUCAUUGCCCUUGCCUUGCCCGGCUGGAGCUGUCAAAAAAAUUAAAACAUGACCGAAGAGGAAAAGAAAAAAACUUUUUUAGGAUUUGAUUUUAGCACUCAAAGGCUCAAAGCAUUGGUUAUUGGUGAAGAUUAUGGAGUUUUACAUGAGGCUGAUGUGGAGUUUGAUGUGGAUCUCCCAGAAUUCAGAACUUCAGGAGGAGUUCAGCGAGGCCAGCAACGGGGGGAGGUGACAGCACCCCCUCUGCUGUGGGUGAAAGCUCUGGACAUGGUGAUGGACCGCCUUGUGGUUGCCGGAGUAGACUUCUCCACUAUUGAAGCUUUAUCAGGAGCUGCUCAACAACAUGGCUCAGUGUGGUGGUCAAAAGACGCUGAAGCGAAGCUGGGAAGUCUAUCCCCAGAAGACUUCCUCCACACUCAGCUAGCCACGGCGUUCGUGACGGAAUCUCCUGUGUGGAUGGACUCCAGCACUAGUGCUGACUGCAGAGCCCUGGAGGAAGCCGUUGGAGGGCCGGAGGAGCUAGCAAAGAUCACAGGGUCGACCGCUUACGAGCGUUUCACGGGCCCUCAGAUCCGAAAGAUGUUCCGUUCGAAGCCGCGCGCCUACCACGCGGCCGCGAGAAUUUCCCUCGUGUCGUCGUUCGCGUGCUCCCUAUUUUUAGGGAAAAUCGCGCCAAUUGACCUCUCUGAUGGGUCAGGGAUGAAUCUCUUGGAUAUUCGGGAAAUGAAGUGGCAUGAAAAGGCUAUGAGGGCAUGUGGCGACGAAACUCUAGAAGACAAGUUGGGUGCUCCGGUGCCCACGGCGACGGUGUUGGGCGACGUCUCCCCGUACUACGUGGGCCGGUACGGGUUCAAACCCGACUGCAAAGUUAUUGCUUUCACAGGGGAUAACUGUUCCGCGCUCGCUGGUCUUCGCCUGCGAUCGGGCUGGGUGGGCCUGAGUCUCGGCACCAGCGACACGUUACUGCUGGGGCUCUCGGCCCCCGCCGCGCCCCUCGCCGGCCACGUGUUGGUGGGCCCCACACCCGCCGCCAAAUACAUGGCCUUAUUGUGCUUCUCUAACGGGUCAUUGACCAGGCAGAACCAUAGAGACAGGCUGGCGGAGAAGAGUUGGGACGCCUUCAAUGAUCUGCUGAGAGCGACCGUCAGGGGCAACAUGGGGUAUAUGGGUAUCUACUACGACACAGACGAGAUAGUGCCGCGCGCGGCGGCGGGCCGCUGGCUGCGGGACGGCGGCGGGCGCGCGCUGCGCUCGCUGGGCGCGCCGUUCGAGGCGCGCGCGCUGCUCGAGGGGCAGGCGCUGGCCAGGCGGGUGCACGCCGAGGAGAUGGGCUUCCGGCUGGAUUCAUCGUCCCGCGUGAUAGCGACGGGCGGCGCGUCCGUCAAUAAAGAGUUGCUGCAAAUAUUCGCUGACGUUUUCAAUACGCCGGUAUUUGUGCAGAAUGAACACGGCAACGCAGCGUUGUUGGGCGCCGCUAUACGGGCCGCCGACGUGUGGAGCGCUUAUUUGGGAAUUACUUUACCGGGAGCGGAACCUACAGUAUCUCCUGUGGCCACGCCGUAUCCCGACCACGACACGAUCUACACGCCAAUGAUGGCCCGCUAUCGGGAGAUCAUACAAACUUUACCCAAACUUGUGUGAGGGUAUAUACAUAUAUCAUACAAACUAUUAAAAUUUGUAUGACAGAUCUUAUAUACUGUACUCAAAAUUGUAUGAUAGUUCACACAUACAUGAAGAUCAUACAACUAAAUUGUAUGGCAGUUCAUACACACUCUCCCAAAACUUGUAUGACAAACACUAUUAAACUAUGCUGAAGAAAUUAUAUGCAAAUGCUUUUAUCACGCUUGGAUUUAAACUGGAUGUAUUGACAUUUAAAAAAAAGUACUAAUUGAGAACGCAUUUAUAAAAUCCAAUCUAGAUAGUCUUUCUAAAACGAUUUAACACUUUAUUGUUGUAACAGAAUUACGAUAGAUACCUUGACUUCCUAUAUUCUUAUUUACAUGUAUAGAGAGCACCUUUAUUUCUUGCGAAAAGAAAGGGACUAUUUAAUACAACUAUUAUUACCUCAUAAUAGUUUUCUGUUAAGUAAUGGGUAAACUUAACUAGUCUGCGUUAUAAUAAUUUAUUAUAUAUAAUAGACAUCACUAAGAGAUUAAUUGUGUGAUAAUGAAAAGCAACAUUCCAUUUUAAGUAAAGAACUACUACUAUUUAUUUCGUUUGUACCGUUUUUUUUUUUUGAUGUUAGCUGUUUUUUUUUCUGGGUGACAAUAUGAAAAUUAAUCUUAUAAUCAGUGAAAUAAGGUUGAUAUUUUUUUUGAUUAAUAUUGAGAUUUUUUCUAUCUAAGUAUAAGGAUAAAAUAAUAAUUAGAAAUGGUUUAUUUUUUAUUUAUUAAUUUUAAUCUCAAUCUCAUUGUCAACAAUGGUGCUUGCGCGUGCAAUAUAUUUACAUUCCGAAAGGUGGCCUUGUAUUUAGAAGAGGGUAAUCCGCUAAUUAGUGCUUUGUUAUUUUUUACAUUUUACACGAUUUUUAUUAAAUGUUUACUAAAA